AUGGCCCACGGAGCCGGGGUCCCGGCUACCUUCCCGGCGCUGCUGGUCCUGGGCCUGCUGGCCAGCACGGCGGGCGCCCGGGCGCCGGGCUCGCGGCUGGAGGGCGGCCGGCCGGCCCUGGCGGCCGGGCCUGGGGCCGGGCUGGCCGGGGGCCGCGGCUGGGAGAGGGACUACUGGACGGGGGUGCGGAGGCGGCGGAGGCUGUACUGCGGCGUGGGCAUCGGCUUCCACCUCCAGGUCCACCCAGACGGACGGGUCAGCGGCACCCACCGUGAGAGUCCCUACAGCCUGCUGGAGAUUUCGGCGGUUGAGCGAGGUGUGGUCAGCCUGUUUGGAGUGGAAAGUCUCCUGUUUGUCGCCAUGGACAAGAGAGGGCGGCUGUACGGCUCGGCCGGGUUCCAGGAGGAGUGCAAGUUCCGGGAGACCCUCCUGCCCAACCACUACAACGCCUACGAGUCCAGCCCGCACCGGGGCAGCUUCAUCGCCCUGAGCAAGCGCGGCCGGCCCAAGCGCGGGACCAAGGUGUCUCCCGCCAUGACCGUCACGCACUUUCUGCCCCGGCUCUGAGUCCGUCGGGGGCCGG